AUGCCCUCACAGCCAGCUACCAAGCAUAUACCGCAAAAGCUUCGGCGAAAUGAGCGUGAACGGAAACGUGUUGAUCAGGUGAACCAAGGCUUCAAUCAGCUUCGAUUGCGGGUUCCCAAACCACAUGGCUGCAAGCAGAAGCUGUCAAAAGUGGAAACACUUCGGGAAGCAGCUCGAUAUAUCGAACAGUUGCGGGCGAUUCUUCAACAGGGCAGCUAUCAUCCUGUUCAAGUUCCCCAACGGGUCCUUACCCAGCAGCAGCAUCAACCACAAUACUACCAUUCACCCGACAUUUCUCCCUACUAUCCUCAGCCCAUGUCGAAAGCCACUGACUACUCGCCGGCUUCCUCUUACUAUAGCGAUUCAUCGUUCGAAGAACAAAAAUACGGUAAUUUUAUGCAGUAA